GGGACACCGCAGACUCACUGUGCACCGCUGGGAAGUAUUGACACCGUGUGAAAGCCACCAGUGAACGUUUUCUCCCACCCCGUGUGUUUUCUUUUUCAGAUAGUGAGAUUCUUCACAAUGAAGGCUCUGGAACAUUCUAGGUUCUCGCAAGGAACCACGGAAAUGCAAGGACAUAGCGUUUUCUAAAAGAAGUUGUUUCGAAAACCGAUGUUUACGAGGAACUCUUAGGGACAGUUUUUUUGUUUUGUUUUUUUCAUACUAAAACGCGUUAAGGAGGUUGUAUUUACAGUAGAAGGAGAAACUGGACUAACAAUGAGGCCAAAGACAUUCCCUGCCACGGCGUACUCUGGGAACGGCAGGCAGCGAUUGCAGGAGAUUCGUGAAGGAUUAAAACAACCGGCCAAGACCUUGGCUCAGGGCUUACCCGUGGGACCCAACAAUGACCCUGCGCUGGACGCCAAGGUCCUGGGAGCCAAGGACGCAGCCAGGCAGCAGCAGCAGAUGAGAGCCACCCCCAAAUUUGGGCCCUACCAGAAAGCUCUGCGGGAGAUCCGAUACUCCUUGUUGCCUUUUGCUAAUGAAUCGGGUACCUCUGCCGCCACCACUGCUGAAGUCAACCGGCAAAUGCUGCAGGAGCUGGUGACCGCGGGAUGUGACCAGGAGAUGGCAGUCCGCGCACUCAAGCAGACGGGCAGCCGGAGCAUCGAGGCCGCGCUGGAGUACAUCAGUAAGAUGGGCUACCUGGACCCCAGGAACGAGCAGAUCGUGCGCAUCAUCAAGCAAACCUCGCCAGGGAAGGGCCUGGCGCCGCCCAGCGUGGCCCGAAGGCCCAGUUUCGAAGGAACGGGCGACUCCUUUGCGUCCUACCAUCCAAUGAGUGGGGUGGCCUACGAGGGACCAGGCUUCGGGGCCGAGGUGCCGGCCAUGUUAACAGAAAUGCCGCCCCAGUACAUGGAUUACGUUUUCUCCGGACAGAGGUCUGCAGGGCCUGGUGCCCACGGCCUGCCCAGCGUCCACCAGCACCCACCCAAAGGCUACUGUGCCAGCCUGGAGGCCCCAGGGCUGAGUUUCCCCGUCGUGGGCCAGGGGGUGCCAGCCCUGCAGCUCCCAGGCCCCCACAGCCCCACCGGCCCGCACUAUGGGCGCCCCCACCUGCUGGUACAGGGGGAGCCGCUGGUGUACGGCCUGCAGCGCAGUCCCUCCUUCCAGAACAAGGGCCCUCCCGAGGCAGCAGGGUACCCCAGCCACCCUGCCAAGGGCCAGGCCACCGCCCAGCCCAGCGCCGGUCUCGCCUUCCCCCCCUCGGGCAUGGUGGCCGGGCUGUACCUGCCCUACCCACACCACAAGCAGGCCAACCCCGCUGCCCACCAGAUGCACGCCCUGAGCUCCCGGGGCCAGGGGUUUGCUGGCGACAGCCCGCCCCAGAGUCUGCAUGCCCCCUCGAGGAACAGCCUGAACAUGGACCUGUUCGAGGUCAACCUGUGCCUGCCGUCCUCCUCCCUGUCUCGCCGAGACUCCCUCCAGAAGGCUGGCCUGGACGCAGCCCCCCGCCAGCACGUGGCCUUCCGGCCUGACGGCUCCAUCCCCGGCAGAACCAGCUCCUUCCACAGCCACCAGCCGUCGGCGGCAGGGCCCCUCAGGACGGGCGCCCCCAGCAAAGCCGAGCCAGCCCUGCCCACCCCCAACACGGUCACGGCCGUCACAGCUGCCCACAUCCUGCAUCCCGUCAAAAGUGUGAGGGUGCUCAGGCCCGAGCCCCAGACGGCUGUGGGGCCCUCCCACCCGGCCUGGCUGCCGGCGCCCAGCCCAGUCUCCGAGGGCCUGGAGCCCAAAGAUGAGCCCCCGCUGGGCCUGGGGGGCCCGAGCACAUACCCUCUGGAGGUGGAGCUACGCUGCCCACCCCCGCCGUACCCGAAGCACCUGCUGCUGCAGGGCAAGGCCGAGCCCUCGGCCGUGGACGGGCUCUGUGUGGGCCUGGAGCAGGGCCUCCGCGCCAGCCAGGCCGCCGAGCCCGUCAACAGAAGUGACAAGGGCCCCAAGGCAGCCAAAGCUGAGAAACUGGGCAAGGACAAAAAGCAGAUCCAGACCUCCCCGGUCCCCGUGCGGAAAAACAGCCGCGACGAAGAGAAGAGGGAGUCUCGCAUCAAAAGCUACUCGCCCUACGCCUUCAAGUUCUUCAUGGAGCAGCACGUGGAGAACGUCAUCAAGACCUACCAGCAGAAGGUGAGCCGCAGGCUGCAGCUGGAGCAGGAGAUGGCCAAGGCCGGCCUCUGCGAAGCCGAGCAGGAGCAGAUGCGAAAGAUCCUCUACCAGAAGGAGUCCAACUACAACCGGCUGAAGAGGGCCAAGAUGGACAAGUCCAUGUUCGUGAAAAUCAAAACCCUGGGCAUUGGCGCCUUCGGGGAGGUGUGCCUCACCUGCAAGGUGGACACCCACGCACUGUACGCCAUGAAGACCCUGAGGAAGAAGGACGUCCUGAACCGGAACCAGGUGGCCCACGUCAAGGCGGAGAGGGACAUCCUGGCCGAGGCGGACAACGAGUGGGUGGUGAAGCUCUACUACUCCUUCCAGGACAAGGAGAGCCUGUACUUCGUGAUGGACUACAUCCCGGGGGGGGACAUGAUGAGCCUGCUGAUCCGGAUGGAGGUCUUCCCCGAGCCGCUGGCCCGCUUCUACAUCGCGGAGCUGACGCUGGCCAUCGAGAGUGUGCACAGGAUGGGCUUCAUCCACCGCGACAUCAAGCCGGACAACAUCCUCAUCGACCUGGACGGCCACAUCAAGCUGACGGACUUUGGUCUCUGCACGGGCUUCCGCUGGACCCACAACUCCAAAUACUACCAGAAAGGGACCCACGUCCGACACGACAGCAUGGAGCCCGGCGACCUCUGGGAUGACGUGUCCAACUGUCGCUGCGGAGACCGGCUGAAGACCCUGGAGCAGAGGGCGCGGAAGCAGCACCAGCGGUGCCUGGCACACUCCCUGGUGGGGACCCCGAAUUACAUCGCCCCCGAGGUGCUCCUUCGCAAAGGAUACACUCAGCUGUGUGACUGGUGGAGUGUUGGGGUGAUUCUCUUCGAAAUGCUCGUGGGACAGCCUCCCUUUUUGGCACCAACCCCCACAGAAACCCAACUGAAGGUGAUAAACUGGGAGAGCACACUCCAUAUCCCCACCCAGGUCAAGCUGAGCACCGAGGCCCAGGACCUCAUCACCAGGCUGUGCUGUGCUGCUGACAGCCGCCUGGGCAGGGCCGGGGCCAACGAGCUUAAGGCCCACCCAUUCUUCAGUGCCAUUGACUUCGCCAGCGACAUCCGCAAGCAGCCCGCACCUUAUGUGCCCAAAAUCAGCCAUCCCAUGGACACCUCCAACUUCGACCCAGUGGAUGAGGAGAGCCCAUGGGACGAGGCCAGUGGAGACAGCACCCAGGCGUGGGACACGCCCACCUCCACCAACAACAAACACCCUGAACACGCCUUCUACGAAUUCACCUUCCGAAGGUUCUUUGAUGACAAUGGCUACCCCUUCCGAUGCCCUAAACCUUCAGAAGCAGAAGCCGCACAGUCUGAGAGUGUCAAUGGGGUCAGAGACCAGGCAGAGGGCUGCCAGCCUGUGUAUGUGUAGGCACUCCGCAGUCCCCAGGAGCCUCGACCCGGGACAUGCCUCGGGGAAGGUUGUGAGUCAGCCCACUGACAUGACACGUGAAUCCUGGUCUUCCAUAGCGAAGAAACAACCAAACCCAACCGUCCAACCGCCAUCUAGCGGAACUUCACGAUAGCCCAACUUCCGAUUGGCGUCCAAGGACCUUCACCACAUUCAAACAAGAUUUAAAGACAGCAACAACAACAAAAAUUUUUUUAAUAGAGUGUAAAAGAGCACUUAUUUUGCUUAUAUCCACUUUCGGUUUCUGACAAAAUUAUAGGGACUAACUUUGACAAAUCAUGCUGCUGUUAGUUUCGACAUGUGCGUGUGACCCGUGGCACUUAACUCACCUUUAGGAAAAGACGGAAAACUGAAGAAGAACAUGUGAUAAGAAAAUCUCUUGUGCAAUAAUUUUAAAACAACAACAAAGCAAAACAAAAAUGACACUGCUCCGAUGUUACUGAGAACCGAACCAUGGUUUUCGCUUUUCUUUCUUUUUUUUUCUUCUUCUCCCACAUUUCAAAAUUGUGAUAUAGUGUUAAAGGCUGCUUUUUGGUUGUUGUUGUUGUUGUUGUUUAGGUUUUUUGUUUGGUUUGGUUGUUUGUUUUUUGUGUGCAUAUUCUAGUCCCGUAGGAAGUGUGAGCAAGGUGAUUUUGUCGGAUGCCUGGUGCAUGGAGGAUGCCGCCUGAGCAGGGUUUUUCUGUUAUAAAAAUACCGUAUCUUGCCAUUCACAGCAGGUCCUGUGAAGACAUUUUUACUGAGUUAUCUUUGGAUGAGGUGUGGUAGUGUGUUACUGAUGUCUUGUGUGGGUGAAUCCCUUGCUGUGAUGAUAGCCCAUAUAUAUAUAUAUAUAUAUAUUUUGCUACAAAAAAUGCACGCAUGUAACUAAGAAGUGAUUUUUUUGGGUGUGUGUGUGUGUGUUUUAAGUGUGCGCACGCACACAUCUCUGGGAGUGUAAGUGGUUCUUUGGGGAGUGAACUGAAGCAUCUAUCCCAUCCUGAAAUCAGAGACAUCAAAAGGGAUUCAUUUAGCGAUGCCCAGACCCUGUUUAAGUUCGUGAUGAAACUGGCCAUUUCUCCAUUCAGAAUCGUCUCGGGAUAGCUGGGUCACUGGGUUCCAUAGCGAUGCAGAUAGUGUCUCCUCAUUCCGCCGGCAGGUUGCCUGCCCUGAAAGGGUUAAAGGGUAGCCGGAGCCCGAGGGCUCUGCCCUAGGGCCUCUCGUCUUAAGCAACAGAAGUGUUACCACAGGUAGAUGAGUCCUUUUAGGCUCCUUUCAGUUUUCUUUCCCAUUUUCCUCUUUGGGAUGUGCUAUGAAGUGUCAGAUCUUAAUUUUUGUAUUAUCUUUUAUUUUUCAAGAUAUUUUUCCAGGCUUGAUUUUAAAAAUCGAGGAUUAUUCAAGGAGACAUUGGAAUAUGAAAAUGAUGAAGCCAUAGGUAUUUUCUUAGAAAAAUAGGUGUGUAUGUGUGUGUGUGUAUAUAUAUAUAUAUAUAUAUAUACACACACACAGAUAUAUAUAUAUAAAACACAGAUAUAUAUAUAUAAACACAGAUAUAUAUAUAUAAAAUGCAUAGACAACCACACAAACUAUUUCUUAUUUCCAAUUAGUAUGAAUCCUAUUUAAAACGAUUUCUUAUUUGAGUAAAAAAAAUUAAUUCUUUCUUGCUUUAAAAAAAUUGAUGCGUCAUGUUUCUCAUUAUAUUAUACCACAUAUUUUUCAUUGAAUUUUUUUUCAUCGUGUAUCCAUUAUUAGUAUCUAUCUAGGCAACAACAUUUAUAAAUUUAUCCAUGUCUAAACAAAGAAAGAAAGAAUUCCUGUGUACUUGUUUACAUUUGUAUGAAUGGCAUCUUCUGAAGUCUGCCGUGCUUGUAUUGUGGCUGUCAGUAUUUUCGCUCUGUCAUGGUAAUGCCGUCUUGUUCUUUGCGACACUCUGAUGUAUUUUCAUGUGGUGGGUUCUUUCUCAGGAACUCCGGUUAACUAUUAUUUAUUGAUAUAUCAUUGCCUUUGAAAAGCUUAUCAGCACAAUUUAUUAUUAAAAUUUUGAAUCCAA